UAUUCGAAUAGGUAAUUAGUAGAAUUGACUCGGCCUUACAAAACAGUUAAAAAUUUCCAUAAAUUACUCAUGCAGACUGUGGAAACGAAAUGUAAAGAAGUAAGUGUCCCCCUAACAAAUGGAAAUUGACCCAUGAAAUUUUCCCUGGUAUUGAUUUACUAACUUCUGAACAUUUUCAUUGUUCUCUGCUCUGAGAUGUAAGCAUUAUGAUAUUGAACUCUGUUUUUCUUGAGACAAAAAUCCCAAACCAUAAGGGUUUAUUCUGGUAAAGUUACACAAAAUGUUAAAAAGAUGCUGCCUCUUGUAAAAUUUAAAAUGCUUUAUAAAUACAUUAUAAAUCAGACUGUUCAAACAUUGCUCCGACUUUGUAAUAACUGGAUUUAUAGUUCGUAUGCUUUUCAGAACAUUUGUGAAAUGUCCUGUUGGCAUUCCAUCCAAUGGAAGGUACAUGUACCUCUCCGAGAAGAGAGCUACAUGUACAGUCCUAGAGGCUACAAAACCAUCUACCUACAUGUACAGUAGUAAAAUGCCCAUUGUGGUGCUACUGUGUGGAUUAAGAAGCAAAUCCAUAAUCCACUUUCAUUGUUACCAGUGUGAGGCAUUUUGAAGCUUUGGUAGUACUGCUGUGUAAUAGUGUUGGUCUCCAUAUCUACAUGUAUCAUAGUGUUUGUACUUUCAAUCAGAUUAGAAGAGGUUUGCCAGCUCCCUGAUAGGAUUAGAAUGAAAGUCUUUCUUUUGGAAUUCAUGGUUGCCUCAUUGUUGAUACACAUUGCUUGCUUCAUAGUUUGGUUAAAAAAUUCCUAUAGCGCUUCUUUAAAUAUCACAAAUGUUUGCCAAAAUAAACCUGUGAGUGAUGUACAUGUAUUUUGUCUUGAAACAGAGUUUGUUUGUGGUUUUGAUAAAACUAGAUUCUGCUGCAUGUAUCAUGAACAAAUUAAAAUUUGAUUGGGGAAAUACUUAUGUAUACCAUUUCAUGAAAUAUUCCAUUUCAUGGAACCAGAUAUUUUUUCAGUGUUAAAAUUAUUCAUGGUUAAGUGAAGUGGAUAGAGGCAGGGUAGAAUUUCAGAAAAUACAAAUUUUCCAUCUCCAAAACUUGGUGACAGAUGGUCCAUUACUGCUGCUGUCUGAGUGCUGCAAUAUACAUGUACAUGUACAUGUAUAUUGUGUGCCAGUGGUUGUCGAUGAAGAUACUUUGUUGAUCCAUGUUCAGGGAGGAAUAGAGGCUUAGGAUUUUCAGCUGAAUACUGAAUGUGUGAAAGGGACAUGUUUAAGUUAAUGCGAUGACUUUCUGAAAUGGUGUAAGGAACUAAAAUUUCUACACGUGACCUAAGUCAAAUUGUGUUCAAAUUUUUUGCACAGUAGUCAUACGAAAAGGUGAGAUUUUCUUUUGUGUAUUUUUUUAAAUUAAGUAGUCAAACUCAAUAAAUAAUUGCUUGCACAGUGUUUGUCAUUAACAGGUGUACAUUCUCACUAGCUUAAUUCUAAGCUGUGAAAUGAUUUUCAAAAAGCCCAGAAAAUGAAGGAUUUCAAUUCAUUGACAUGUGGAGUAGACAUUAGUAACUCGGCCAUAUAAUGUUGCAGAAAUUUCCAUCCAGCCUUCUGUCAUCGGAGAUUGGAUUGUGUUGUUUUCCAAAUUUAAUUACGAUGGCAGAAAAUGGUUCUGGCACAGGGUAUGUGUGUUCCGGCGGCUUUCACACUCCUCUCGCCGAGUGACCGGAGGGCUGAGUCAUCGCAUUGAAGCUGAUCGUGAUAGCCCCGUGGUGAGGCAUUUCAACAUUGUCUGCAUGAAUGCUUGCAUAAGCCUGACAUUGUAUACAGUCACAGGGGGACGAGUUAGAUAUAUAUUGAUAAGUAUAUGCACGGUGGUGCCACACUUUCUUAAUCACUGGACUGGGCACCGGCUCUGGUUUAAUAUUGGCAUACGUUCUUCCUGAGCCAGAGAAUUCCAUCACCUUGGAAACCGAACGUUUGCAUUAUUAUUGUGCAUUACAAAGUUAUGGGUACUGUAGCUUGGAGAAACCAAUCUCUUACAUCCUGUUGUGAUGUGAAAUUCUGACCUGCGUACAGUACAUGUUUGGGUGCCUUGAGUGUAAUAUAAGCUGAGGAAUCUACGUGGGACUAACACAGGGCGGAAAUUCAGCCGUUCAAGGGCCUAGUAGACCUCUCUUUGAACAUGCACUGAAACAAGUGUUGAUGUGGCAGCAUAAUCAAGAUGUUGAGUUAGAACCGAAGGGUCUGUUUGAAACUGGCAGCUUAUAUAAAGAUGCACGAUGCCACAAUACGAAGCCUCUCUGAUAUAUUCAUCUUAGCAUGUUUCUGCUUUGCUGUCGACCCAGCCUUUUGUUCAUGAAGGUACAUGUACAAUUGCAUCUUGGACGUUUUUUGAUUUGAUGAUAAAUGUGAAAACAAAAAGAGUGACUGUUGAGUUCCAUCAUGAGUCAAACGCCAAUCGGUGGAUCACCGAAACAUGGGGGAGACUCCUCACGUCAUUCCCGCAGCUCCAAGUCCGACGGCCACAGUGUGGGCAGCCGGGGCUCGUCCAGGGAGGGCUCCAAGGGGCGGUCCAGUAGCAAUAGCUCCACCCCUCCCCCCAGUAUCCACCCCAAUCAGCUUGAAGACAAGGAGGAGCUCCGGCUGCGGGAGCUGGAGGAGGCGCGGGCCCGUGCCGCCCAGAUGGAGAAGACCAUGCGCUGGUGGUCGGACUGUACUGCCAACUGGCGGGAGAAGUGGGGCAAGGUGCGGGCGGAGCGCAACAAGGCACGGGAGGAGGUUCGGCAACUCAGGAUGAAGCUGGAGGUGAUUGCCAAGGAGUCCACAGCCUUGAAGCGAGAAAAGCAGGAAGUCCAAGCUGAGAACGAGAGACUGAGGAAGGCCCUGGAGCGCGAACAGGCCAGGACUUGUUUGCAGAUCGAGAGCCCUGUCGCUGAGGACAACCCUGAUUACCUCCCGGAGAAGGACACAAACAGUCCCAGACAAACAGUGACUGACAGAGACUGCCAAGACAUAGACUUCAUUGGGAGUGUCAUGCAGAAAAGCCACUUGAACAACCACGUAUGUUCCGCCGACUCACAACCGCCUGACCGUCAUGCCCACCAUCGCAGUACACCCCAUGACAGCCCCACCCACCAACAAGUUAGUGGCUCAGAAAAUGGACCCAUGUCUUCCAAUGGGAAGAAAUUAGCCAAUGGCGGCCAACCAACGUGCUCCGAUGGCUCCUCGGUCCAUCGAAGUCCAAGUCGCAAGGCCAGGGAGAUGCCGUCCCCCUCCGGGGAAGUUGUCAACCAGAGAAUGAUCAUGCUUGAGCUCAGAAUGGAGGAAGCCUCCAAGACUAUCCAAGUGGAACGAGAUGAGAAAGAGUUGCUAAGUCAACAGAUUGACCGAUUGCAGAAGGAACUGAGUGUGCUUAGAAGUCAGCAUGAUGAAAUGCGUGAUGCAAAGCAGCAAGUGGUCAAAGAGUUAAAUCUCAUGAGGGCAGAGCACCAGCAGGAGUUGAUCCGAGUGACCUCUGACCUGGACGACGAGUUAAACUCCCGAUCCACCAUGGACAUCCGCAUCUCAGACAUGCGAAAAGAGCUGGAGCGUCUGCAGGCCGAGAAUGCCAUGGAGUGGGGCAAGAGGGAACGCCUUGAGACAGAGAAGCUCUCCCUGGAGAGAGAUAACAAGAAGUUGAAGGCCGAGAUUGCUGACUUGAAGGAAGAUCUAGCCAAGAAGAACAAGCAGGUAGCAGCUGAUCUGCAGAUGAGCCUCAAGACCCUGGAGGAAAACAUACUGGAGAAGAACAAAGAAUUGGGAGAGCUCAAACACAGCCAAGGGAAGCUGAAGAAACUGCUGCAGGAGAAGACGGCCGAGCUGGACCACACGCUGCGGAGGGCGGAGCAACACGAGGGGGAGGUGAAGAAGCUCAGGGGGCGGGUGGAUGAACUCAAAAGGGAGCUGGCCAAGGCAGAGGAUGAGGUUGACCACCAGAGCAACUUGGUCAGGAAACUCCAGAGAAACCUUGAGGAGAAUCAGCAGUCCAAUGAGAAUAUGGCUGUCCAGGUGGAGCACUUGCAAGCCAGGCUGAGGAGUAUGCCAACCACAACCUCCACCUUGGCCAAGAAGCGUGCCGCAAGCUUCAGCUUUAGCUCGGGUAACCUGACCCUGCAGGAUACCAGGGACGAGGUCACAUCGGAUAUUGACAUAUAGUAACAUUCCACGCCACAGUAUUUCAGAUCAGGAUGCCAGUGAUCAGGGACCCUUUUUUAUUGUGAAGUCAAGUUGUGUAAAUUUAUGUGAAACAUCAAUAUCUGCACUGUGGGGAAAACAUCAUGACAAAGUAUAAUUUUGUUGUAUCAAAUAAAACAAAUUUCCAGUGCCACAGUGAGACAAAUUAAGCUGUAAAGCAAAAAAAAAAAGAAAAUCUAGUAAUUUUGUAAGAUUGUGUAAUUGUGGCCGUGAAUAUCAAGUUCUUCUCUUGGCAUUUGUUAUUUACCAACAUGAUGCUUUGCUGAGCACAGUAUAUUAUUAGGAAGUAAUCUGACUGUGAGAUUUGUUUUCAAAUGCUCUACAAAACCAGGCAAUGGGUUGGGCUUGAUAAGACAUAUUUUUCCAAGUUAAGAUCUACCUCAUUGACAAGAGAUUGAGCCAGUGAAAGGACAAUUAUUCAAGGGCUUUGUUAAAGUUGCACAUUUGGAGGAAAAACAGACUCUUUUCAGUGUCUCUGGUUUGUCGUAACCUCUCUAGAUCUUUGAAAAUGUGCCAGAAAGUUUCAGAAGACUUCAGAGGCUAUUCAGGGAGUAAGUGCCAACCGGUGUUAGUUCUACAUAGAGCUUGAUGCUGCCUGAAGUUUCAGUACAAGGAAUGAACCAUUAGGUGCCACUGUUUAGGGAUUAAGUUGGUUAAAGAAGGUAACUGGAAAAGAAAUGGAAAAAAAAUCAUGUCACCAGAAUUCUGAACAGUAAAUAAACACAUCCUCAAAGAACCUUUGCCUUGUCUGGUCACCCUGUUCACCAAAAGUGUCAUUGUUAUAAAGUAGCUUACUGCUGUGUUAUGUGUAUUGCAUGUUUAUUUAUGAAUUCUACCUUGUGUUAGGUUUCAGCAAGUUUGUGUACUAGUGGUAUUCUCGAUAUUUUAGCCGAACUGUAGACUCUAGCCAGUGCUUGUCGUUCAUACUGUUAUGCAUGUACUUUUUAUCUUAUCUUAGCCAUAAAAUUUUGUGACAUUGCUGUAUGCAGGCAAGUUGGCAGCUUUACUUUAAUUUCAUGUGUCAUUUAAAAAAUAAUUCCAAGUUGCCAUAUUUUUCAUUAUCAUUUACUUGGGAGGGAUUGAUACUCAAUGAUUUGCUUCCUUCUGAAUUUUAAAGUCUGUACAAUGUGCCUAUUACACUGCUAUCAAGGUGUUUCAUGUAUGUGCUUUGAAUUGAUGUUAUUGGUGAUGCUAUGGACUCAUGCCCUCUGUCCAAACACAAGGAGGACGUUGCAUGUUUAUUUAACCUACGAAAGCCAGCAUGCAUGAGGCAAAGUUAUGCCAACUGAUCCACAGUGCUCUUUAAUUAGAGAGGGAAGCUUGUAGACAGUUUGUGGGUUUCUCCACAAUCUGAAAAAAAACCCCCAGCUUUAGUGUCUCUUGUCCAAUGGUAACUGUCUUUGUGCCCUUGGAUGUAGGGGUUCUAGUUGCAGAGAUCCACGCUCCAUCCCAUAAGUAGGCAUUAACAAGUAGGUAUUUAUGUGUUCUCAAACACGAGUUGGCAUCAUCGUUGUACAUAGCAAAUAUAUGUGUGUUCGGAAGCCUUGAUGGCAUUGCCCAAGCUGCAGUGCACUAAUGUGACAUGAGGUCAUGUUUCUUGUCAAACACUACCCAUAGAUUGGGGACAUGGGUGGGUCACAGGGGCACCCCUUUGCCACAUCCAUGUUGUCUCGUUUGCCAACAUGUCAACUUUGAAGUGAAACCUUGAUUAGAAUCACCUUGUGUCAUUGUGUGCACGCUGUAGUGCAUUAAUCUUGAUUUUUCAGACCACUUCAAGUCCACGAGUUGAACUCAUCAGAAUGUUGCCCCAGAAUUUAUUACAUCCACAGCACCUCACAAAGUAAUCCAUUUGCAGAUUAAUUUUGUGACAAGAUUUUCACCAAGCCAUAAAUUCACAAGGAAAAUGUAUUUGAUGUUUAAAAAGAGAAAAAGGAUUUUUGUGAAAUGACCUCUGCAGACCCUAUGUAAUUAUCUAACAGGUUAAAAGUACUUUUGUGAAUUUUCUUGCUUAAGUACAUACAGUAUACAACCUGUGUAAUUCAGUGUCGUACGGAAGUAUUUAUUUAUAUUUAUUUUUAUAUAUUUAUAACCAUGCAGACAAGAACACAAAUACUGUGUAGUUCUUUGCUGAUGUAGACAUUGCUUGUAGGAAUAUUGGCAGUGCAUGGGCUUUGCUAUACUUUGUAUUCAUCCAUUUUUUUUGGUAUGGCUUUUGAUAUUGUGUAGAGGAUCUGUACACGUACUGUUUAUGUACAUGCAAUUGAUGGUAAAUCAAGAAUCAAUUCAUGAUUUAAUUGGUUUGGUUCACAAUAAGAAUGAUCCCCUCCUUCCCCACCGAGACAAUUCAAGGAUUAAAGUAAAUGAUAUAUACAUAGUUUAUUCAUGUUGUCAAAUUUGACAAAACUCAAUUAUUAGGGUUUUAAUAUGCUUCAAUUUUUUUGGGGGGGGGGAAUUUUUAAAUGAUGAUUUUAUGUCUGCAUUUAACAUGACCAGUACAGUAACAUUACUUUAAUAUCAAGGAUAAUUAAUUUCCAGUAUUCGCAGACUGUUCAAGGAUUAAAGAAAUUCUGAAUAAAACCUAAUCAUGUAUAUGUGUACACUA